CGUUAGUAUCAGCAUACAAUUCCUCCUCCACCUCACCACUCCCUCUGGACCACACCCCUACUCCCCUCCCAAAGGAAAGCAAAGAAAAAUGGUCCGCAAAUUCUCCAAAUUCCCCAUCAAACCCGCCGGCUGGGUCGGCCCAAGCGCCCCUCUCGAGCAGCGCAAACAGAUCUUUCUUCCGAACUUCACAAUCGCCCUGAUCCGCACUCCCUUCCUCCCUCCCCGCUACGCCUCCUUCUACGUCCCCCUCAACUUCAACAAGCUGGACAUCCGGGAUUAUUUGCAGCGCGCCUACGGCGUCGGCGUCCUGGCCGUGCGCAGCUUCGUCGAGCAGCAGAAGGUCACUCAGAUGAAGCCCAACGGGCGGUACGGGUACGGGAAGUUCCGGCGGCCGAAGAGCAAGAAGCGCAUGACGGUGGAAUUGAAGGAGCCGUUUGUGUGGCCGGAGGCGCCGGAGAGUAUGGAUAAAUGGGAAAAAGAUCAAUUCUUCAAGGCCGCCAAAUACCAAAAGGAAAUGCAGGACGCCCAGCGCGAGGAUGCCAUUACGUGGGCGCCUACCAAGGAGCGCGAGUCGUUCGCCGAGGAGGCGGAGAAGAUCCUCAGCGGCGAGAAGCAGUGGCGGCCCACUUGGCAGGCGUUGGGGUUGAACCUCGAUCGCGCCGUCCUGACGAAGCCGGCGACUUCGGUUAAGAGUGGCCAGGAGGGUGGUUCGGUGGGUGGGAAGAGUGAGUAGAUUAGUCUCGAGGAGGGGGGGAAGGAAGGGUUGAAUAAAUUGAGACAGUGAUG